UUUGCGAGGAAGAUAUUAUCCGGAUCAAUGCGAGCCAGUGAGUGAUUCCUUCGAAUGGGCCCAGGCCAGGGGGACGAACCUGGAUAUCUAUGUCUGAUUUAGCAAUUGGGUGAACGUAAGUCUGACUGACACAAGGUCUUUGAGAUAAAGUUGCUCGGACAAUCAAGAUGCGGGUGUAUGCAGCAAGAACGGCAUGUUUCGAUGAAGCCGAGAGGACCGUUCAUGGUUACAUCGUAUGUUCACUCCACUAUCAAAUUAAACUCAUCAAACUCCUGACCAGUAUUACACGCUUCUUGGACAUGAUCUUGCGCCACAACGGUAGCUACGCCAGUUCCAUCAUCUCUCAGGAUGCUGGACCGCCAAGCACCGCAAGCACUAGCGGUUCUGCCAUGGCAUUCUCGCAGUCAGACCGUUUACAGAGGCGUGGCUCAUUCUCCUCUGCUGCUGGUGCUUCCGAUAUGGCCAGCAUGAGUGCGUAUGAUUACAAGAGUCAGGACGGCACGACAGACCUCGACGACGUGAAGAGCCAGUAUGCGGGGACACAAUCGGGCGGGACUGCGUUCUAGAUGGCGCGAGUUAUUCCACUGCUGCGGAUCCUAUGCGCGCACUAUGAUUGCGCGAGCUGUUAUGUGUAGGACUGGUUCAUGGCUGGUGACGCCACGGCCAGCUAGGCCAGCUCCCUUGCACUUCUUGUCGCAUCUUGGCAGCCUGUUGGUGU